CGCAGCGCAGAAGGAGAAGCGGCAGUGUUUCCCGUGCAGAGGCGCUGUAGGCUAACGUGGCCUUCUGAGACACUCACAGCUGCGACUCCUCUCUCUCUCUCUCCGGGUUCCUCUCAGUGAUGGCUGAUGUGGAGCAGAGUUCCGCUUUACCGCCGCUGGACGGCAUCAACGGCACCGAGAACGGAACCGACACCGUGAACGGAACCGCGGGCCGCUUCGUGGCUACAGCCGAGGGGACUGCGCUGGCGUACGGCAGCCUGGUGCUCAUGGCCCUGCUGCCCAUCUUCUUCGGAGCCCUGAGAUCCCUCAGCACCUCCAAGAGCAAGAACUCCUCAGAGAUGCCGGAGACCAUCACUAGCAGAGAUGCUGCUCGCUUCCCCAUCAUCGCCAGCUGCACGCUGUUCGGCCUUUAUCUCUUCUUCAAGAUUUUCUCGCAGGAGUACAUCAACUUACUGCUGUCCAUGUACUUCUUUGUGCUGGGGAUUUUAGCUCUGUCACACACGCUGAGUCCCAUCAUGAACAGGUUUCUUCCUGCGAGUUUGCCCAGUAAACAGUACCAGCUGCUCUUCACUCAGGGCUCAGGAGAGAGUAAAGAAGAAAUUGUGAACUACGAGUUUGACACUAAAGACCUGAUUAGUUUGGGAAUCAGCAGUGUGGUGGGAGUGUGGUACAUCCUGAAAAAGCACUGGGUGGCUAAUAACCUGUUCGGCUUGGCGUUUGCUCUGAACGGAGUGGAGCUGCUUCACCUGAAUAACGUCAGUACCGGCUGCAUCCUGCUGGGGGGGCUGUUCAUCUACGACAUCUUCUGGGUGUUUGGCACUAAUGUGAUGGUGACUGUGGCCAAGUCCUUUGAAGCUCCGAUUAAGUUGGUUUUCCCUCAGGAUCUGCUGGAGAAAGGUCUGGACGCCAGUAACUUUGCCAUGCUGGGACUCGGAGACAUCGUUAUUCCAGGUAUCUUCAUCGCUCUGCUCCUGCGUUUUGAUGUCAGUUUGAAGAAGAACACGCGCACGUAUUUCUACACCAGCUUCCUGGCCUACAUCUUCGGCCUGGGCCUCACCAUCUUUGUCAUGCACACGUUCAAGCACGCUCAGCCUGCGUUGCUGUACCUGGUCCCGGCGUGUGUGGGCUUCCCCGUCAUCGUGGCUCUGCUGAAAGGGGAGCUGAUGGAGAUGUUCAGGUAUGAAGAAUCGUCCCCUGAACCAGACGCAUCAACUAAAGAAGAAAAAUCAGAAUCUGAUAAAGACAAAUAAAUGUGAAGGAAAGCGUCCCGUCCCGUCCCGUCCCGUCCCCUCAUUCCCACUGCCAUAUUUCCAGGUUCUACCACCAGGGGGCAGCAGAUUGUCUCUUGUCCCCUCUCCCUUCCCCCAGUGUGUCAUGGUGUUGAGGACGUUCUCUAACUGGUUACAAGACGACUGCGUGCAUUCUUUUUUUCUUUGUAGUUUCUAAAUGGUAUGAUGUGCAACAGCUUUACUCUGUGCCUGUAUUAUUCCCCCCUUCCGUUUAACUUGUUUGUAUUUGAAAUUUAUUUUAUUGGCUAUUUUUCAUUAGGUACAGAAUUUUACAGUGAAGUGCUGGAGCACAGUUCAGGCUGGUUUUUGAGUUUUAAAGAAGCCAAAAGUAAAAUGUCCACAGUGUGUCUAACCCAGAUGUUUUCACUCAGUCCAGAUGUGUUCAGGGUCUGAUUUCGGUCACCUGUUUGCUAAACAUCAGUCAGGAAAUCUCCACUCCGGAGGACAUCAGCGAGCACCACAGCAUCUUUUUACUGAUUGCAAUGUGGGGGUGGGGCUUAUGGGAGGGGUGGAGCUUAUCCAUGAUGGCAGCUUCCAUUAUGUUUCAGAUGCAGUGUUGAGAAAGAUUUGGGUGAAGAUAACGCCUCUCAGUCAAAAAACUCGACACCCCCCCCCAAAUCGAAUGUGUUUAGUUGAACCGUGUUUCUUGUCUGGAUUUGCGGAAGUGAGAAGUUUGAGUAUUUAUUGAUUGAUUAAUGUUUGAAACUGAUCCCCACUCUCACUGUUUAUUUUAUAAAAUCUCCAGCACAGGGACCAACAUUUACAUUUCAGCCCUUUUUUUUUUUCCUCUUCCUGCCGGUGAUUUAAUUAAAACAUUAAAAUUUGACACACCGCAGAAAUGCUGCAGCUGAACCCUGAGCUGUCGUGAUUGUGUGUGCGGGUUAUUUAUAAAAGUGCACGUGUUUGUGAAGAUCACUGGAGCUCAGUCCCAUGGCCUCGUUCCACACGGCCCUGUACGUCGUCUUUUUCCUCCUGAUUGUGCAAGUUAACAGUUGAAGCUUCUUUGAGGACCUUAAAGUCUCUCUUGUUUUGUUUUUUUGUUUGUUUGUUUUUUAAUCCGCAAUAAAUUGUGGUUUUUACCGCUGUAGAGAAGCA